GACUCAGAAGGCGUGGACAUCAAGCUGGGUGUGUGUGCUAAUGGACUUCUCAUUUACAAAGAUAGACUGAGAAUCAAUCGUUUUGCUUGGCCGAAAAUCCUGAAAAUUUCCUAUAAGCGCAGUAACUUCUACAUUAAAGUUAGGCCAGCAGAGCUAGAACAGUUUGAGAGCACCAUUGGAUUCAAACUGCCAAACCAUCGGGCAGCAAAAAGGCUAUGGAAAGUGUGCGUGGAACAUCAUACUUUCUACAGGCUUGUGUCUCCAGAGCAGCCACCAAAGGCCAAGUUCUUGACCUUGGGGUCCAAAUUCCGCUACAGUGGCCGCACCCAAGCACAGACUCGCCAUGCAAGCACCCUCAUAGACAGGCCAGCACCACAUUUCGAUCGUACAUCUAGUAAACGGGCCUCCAGGAGCUUAGAUGGAGCUCCGAUCGGUGUUGGGGACCAAACUCCUGUGAAGGAUUUUCCUGGUGCCGCAGGGGCAGUCUCUGCAUACGGCCCUGGGGCUGCGGGUGCUGCUGUGGUACCGGACGUCAGGAGCCCAGCCCGAGCCCCGCACUUGCAGCUAUCUGAAGGAAAGAAAAAUUCCUUGAGAGUAGAAGGGGAUAAUAUUUAUGUCAGACAUAGCAAUUUAAUGUUGGAGGACCUGGAUAAAGCCCAGGAGGACAUACUGAAACAUCAGGCUAGCAUUAGUGAACUCAAGCGCAAUUUUAUGGAAUCCACACCUGAGCCGCGCCCUAACGAAUGGGAAAAACGACGUAUCACACCUCUGUCCCUACAGACUCAAGGGAGAAAAGGAGACCAUCUUUUCAAGGAUAUUUUAUCCAUGAAGGAGAAGUACCUGGUGGCAACUACACGGCCAGUUGAAGAAAAAGCCCAGGAGGCGGACAAGACACGUGCUCCCGCGUCAGAAGGGCCUUGCACUGGAGCCAGGGAUGCUGUUAAGAGUUCACAUGAGACUCUGAAUGUAGUGGAGGAGAAGAAGCGGGCAGAGGUUGGGAAAGAUGAAAGAGUAAUCACAGAAGAAAUGAAUGGUAAAGAGCUAUCACCUGGGAGUGGUCCUGGGGAGAUUCGUAAGGUGGAGCCUGUGGCACCCAAAGACUCCACCUCCCUGUCUUCUGAGAGCAGCAGCAGCAGUGAGAGUGGGGAGGAAGACAUGGGCGAGUACCAGCCCCAGCAGCGUGUGACCGAGGGCACCAUCAGGGAGGAGCAGGAGGAGUGUGACGAGGAGGCGGAGGAAGCGCCCGGCCAAGCCGCCCAGGUAGUGGACAGGGAGGAGGCAGUGCCCGAAGCCAGCCCGGACAGACGCACAGGGGCCGGCAUAGGCCCGGCAGACACAGAGGCCCAGGACCAUGUAGUUGGCCCCAAGGGAUCUGGGGAGAAGAGUGCGAGCGAAGGCACUGCUCAGGAAGACGGGAGAGAAGAGACCGAGGAGGAGCGACAGGAAGUUAACGGAGAGGUGUCUCAUGUUGACAUUGAUGUUUUGCCACAAAUUAUUUGUUGUUCAGAG